UGACCCAUAUAAUUAAAUUCAGUUCUUGAUCCCUUCUCGGCGUUUCGCUUUGCAAGCAAGCAGAAAACGGCGAUUACCACGACGCAUGAGAACCAACAAUGGACAAAUGGCAAUAGCCGCUUGGAUAAUGAUGACGCGGUAACUGACAGCGCUGAUGUUUGAGCAGAGUAAAACAGCGGCGAGAUGGUUCAAUUCGAAGGCAAAUAUAAACAUGACAAGGACGAGAACUUUGAAGCCAUCUUAGAAAAGUCAGGAGCUGGUUUCCUGAUGCGCAAAGUAGCGACCAAAGCCAAGCCCAGCAUCGAAGUGGGCAUCGAAGGGGAUACUUGGACGAUUCAAAUAGUGGCAGCAGUUAAGACGGUGACGUGGAAGUUCAAACUGGACGAAGAAACGGAAAUAGAGACGCCGGAAGGAAAGAAUAAGGUGAUGUUCGAACUGGAGGGCAACAAGCUGACCCAGAGACCUCUGAACAAGGAUAAUAAUAAGGCUAUGCUAAUCGAAAGGGAGUUCACGGACGAGGGUUUAAGCCAGAAAAUGACUCACUUGGCAAGCGGAACAGUUGGUAUAAGGUACUUCGUCAGAGCAUAAGCGCCGUGUUGGACCUAAAUGUGCCUCAGGAUAAUAAAUCCCUUUUGGCUUCCUUUCAUGCACAUAAGAGGUAUAACAUAAAUACAUAUGCAUAUAAAGAAGUCUGUAAUCUAAUGUUAUUUUACAUGUCAGAGUACUUUUGUUUAAAAUCUUUCACAAAGUGCAAUAAUACUCCAGAGUCAAAUGUUUUCUAACAGUGAAGGAGACACUCAGAUAGAUGCUUUACAGGAAGAGAGAUUAGUUUCAAAAUAUAUUUCUAUUGCAAGAUAAAUAUGAUUCAAAAUUAUAUGUAUUACAUCAUCCACAAGUAUGAUAAUGGCAAUAAAAACUAUAACAAUAAGAAAAGAGGGCAACAUAGUAAGACAUUGAAACAAACAUAUCCAAUAAAAAUUAUUGAUAACCACCAAAAUAUAAUCAAUUGAUCCUCUUCCCCUGGGCGUCCAAUGCAUAUAUAUUUUUAAUCAGAAUCCUUAAGUAACAUUAUACACACCAGAAAGCUACCCAAUUUAUCUAUAAAAAUAACCAAUUGACCAAACAACAAACGAAUUAUAUGAGGAAUAAGGUUAUCCAACGGUGAAAGUAAUAACAUGCAUUGAACAUAUAGGAUAAUGAAAUUUACAUUUAUAUUUAUGGUUUGAUAUCAUUUGCUGUACUAUGCGCAUUUUAUUUAGAUGUGAGUGUAAGGUCUCAUGGAAAGUCGAUAUUAUAUUUAAUAAAACAAUGAGUGCAAAACUUC